AUGCCUCCUAGGAGUGAGUCAAUGCCUCCUCCCAGCGGGUUAGGUGCUUCGCGCUGGGCUGCACCACCUGGCCCUGAACCACCUGGCCCAACUUCAUCCGAUCCACGUCCAGUAAUCUCGCGUCCUGAAAUCCCACUCCCUGUAAUUCCACGACCGUCAAUUCCACGACCGUCAAUCCCUCGCCCUGCAAUCCCACGUCCUGCAGCUCUACGCUUUCUAGCCCCUAAAACUGAACUUAACGAUAGCCUGGGACUUUCGCGUUCCGCCGACCUUCCCGCUAAUAGCCCCGACACUUUUGAUGCUGGGUCCUCCGAGCCUUAUCUCUCUAGCUUAACUGCUACAACCAUCGAAGAGUCGGCUGAAGAAUUACAGGCGGACCCCGCCCCUAGAACCCACGAGACUUGGCAUCACGGUGAAGAAACAGAAUCCAAGAUAAUCCUUCACUUAGAGGAUAUCGAAUGUGUAGUUCGGGGUACCGUCGAUAGUAAGGACGGCGCCUUCCAGGAUGUUCCUACGAUAAAGGCUGUUGCCAAACUUUCGAUUGAGCUCGAUAAGGUCCUUGUUUUGGACAAAAAACAUGACUUCAUGGCUCCUGAGAACGGAGGGUUCCUUGAGAAGGGUUCCACUGUUAGUCUCAACGUCGAAGGCGACACGCACCAAGGUCAGGGUCCAGCUUUGAGAGUCGUCAUUCGCGAGGUCAAAAAUAGGGGACCGGAUAAACCAACUGGAGCUGGAGCUAUGCAGGUUACGGCCCAGAAUCCAUUUCCUCCAACUUCUAGGGAUGCUGUGGAUUUGAAUGGUCGGGAGUUUGAAGGCGAGUAUGACAAACUCCCUCAAGCUAUUCAAAAUGUAUUUGCCCAUGCAACUACCGAAGCAAAAGUCGCUGUUGAAGAAACCGCGCAAUCUUCCAGGGCCUCAGUAGCUGCUAGCCCCCUCGAGAGUGAUGGUGCCACACCUUCACGUUCUGUUAUCAUCGCGGGGCUUCCUUACGGGUUCAAGGUCAAGCAAGUCCUCGACCUCAUUGAACCUACAAAAAACACAGGGGUGAUCGAAAUAAAGCUCACUAAGGCAUAUGCCGCGCUAUUCAGCUUUCUCACUCCUGCGGGAGCGCAGGAUUUUCUAUCCCAGUGGAAAUCCGGCUUCAUUACGUUCCCGUAUGAGGAUGAAGAGCUUGGAAGGGUUGAAUGGCGUUCUAGAGUUCUUCCUUGGGGGGUGUACGUUCCUGUUAAACCCUCUCUUCGUGGCUAUAUUGAGAAGGGGGCCACCCGCUACCUAUGUAUCCAUGGCCGAAACCCGAUUACUAUCAGAGAAGCCAAUCUGACUUGGAGCCUUGAUAAUUAUCGCCAUUGUUUGGGAAACCAUAUAUAUGAUGGCCGUAUCUAUCGAGAUGAUCAAGAUACCGAGAUUGCCGAACUCGAAUUCCUCUCAGUCUCACGGGCCGUGCAGGCUUUGCACUUCCUAAAACCAAAGGACGGUUUCGCUCGUGCCACUUUCACGUUUCUUCCUGAUAGGCAUGUCCUUCUUUAA